AUGAAGGAAGUUAACAGUGCUAUCUGGCUCAAGACACCAUGGAUCUACGCUGUCAGCGUGGUCUUCGCUAUUCUCUUCACCUUAUGUCUUUCUGUUGAAGCAACACUCGCGUCUGGUGAGCAAACCGUGAUCCAGUCGCCCAUCCACCAGGGCGUCACUCUUUCAUACAAAAGACUGCCUGCUGGGAUUUGUUCGACUGGAUCUCCCACUCAACAUCAAUACUCCGGCUAUGUCUCUCUCCCGCCUUUCACACUGCAUCCAGUGCAGCAGAACAAUACUAUCAACACAUUCUUCUGGUUCGUCGAAGCUAGAGACAACGUCAGGUCUGCACCCCUAACCGUAUAUCUAAAUGGAGGGCCGGGAAUUAGUAGUAUGCAAGGGUUAUUCCAGGAAACUGGCCCUUGUGAAGUUAUAGACCGGCCUGGGAGCAGGCUUCGCACCGUCCACCGGGAAUGGGGCUGGGAUCGAAGCUCCAGCAUGCUCUAUAUCGACCAGCCGGUGCAAUCUGGCUUCUCAUAUGAUGCUUCUCGUGAAGGAUCGUUGGAUUUCUUAACUUCAACAUAUACCUACCCGCCCACAGCCCCUCCUACGGGCCAGUCUCCUGAAACCUUCCGCAAAGGAGUCUUCAGCUCAAAUGAUGGGGCUACCACCGUGAAUACAUCUGCGACCGCAGCGAAAGCCAUUUGGCACAUGCUCCAGGUGUUUUUGACUACGUUUCCAAGCCUGAAAUUUAAUUCUGAAUCCGCAGAUAUCAAUCUAUUUACAGAAAGCUACGGGGGAAAAUAUGGACCUGCGAUUGUGUCUCAUUUCCAAAAGCAGAAUGAGAGACGACGGAAAGGCGAGAUCCCUAGGUGGAAGUCGGUGGAGAUCAAAACCAAAACUUUGGGGAUAAUGCAAGGGUGCAUCGACGACUUAGUUCAGAACCCAUACUACCCAAUCUUUGCAUAUAAUAAUACAUAUGGACUACGAGCCCUGUCAUCUAACGAUGUGACAGCAUUCCACAAAAAGUUUUAUCAGCCCGGUGGCUGUAAGGACCAGGUGGAAGCUUGCAGAGCAUCCGUUCGAUCCCUUGACCCUGAUAACUUGGGCAAUGUGGACAGGGUCAACGCAGCUUGUUUCCAAGCGACAGUUACAUGCAAUACCGAUGUGGUUCAAAUAUACCCCAAAAUAGGACGAAGCUCCUUCGAUAUAGCUCAAAGCGUAUUCAAUCCGCUUCCUCCUUCAACAUAUAUCGAGUAUCUUAAUACCCCGGAGGUUCAGCAGGCAGUUGGCUCGCCGUUAAAUUUUACAGAGUCUAGCAACACAGUGUUAAACGCUUUCAUUCAGGCCGGUGAUCAUGUUCGAGGUGACUAUCUUUCCGACCUUGCCUUGCUGCUUGAUAAGGGCGUACGUAUUGCGCUCAUAUACGGCGACCAGGACUUCAUCUGCAAUUGGUUCGGAGGCCAGGCAGCAUCUUUUGCCAUUGCCGCAAGGUCGAAGUCUCCCUUGUCCUACCUCUCUAACUUCAACGCCGCGGGUUAUGCUCCCAUAGCCGUGAACAAUAACUAUACGGGUGGUGUUGUUCGACAGUUUGGGAAUCUACUCUUCGCGCGUAUCUACGACGCAGGUCACUUUAUUCCGUACUAUCAGCCGGAGACUAUGUUCAAAUUGUUUGAUCGCAUCAUACAGGGGAAGAAUCCGUCGACAGGAAGUGUGAUUCCUAACCCUUCCCGGUUCCGAACCCAGGGCGAUGCAAAUUCCACCACAACCAAUUCUCUUCCCCCACAGGCGAAACCGACUUGCUAUUUACGCAAAGCGCCGGAUACUUGCAGCUCGGAGCAAAUUGACAAGAUGAAGGUAGGGCAGGGGAAGAUAAUUAACGGAAUAUGGUAUGAAAAAUAA